AUGGCUUGGCCACGCGUGUCCCCCGCACAAACACGCCACAGGCGUGGGAGAGGAGCCACCGAGUCCACGGGCAAACCCCCAGGGAGCAAGGCGCCGGGAUGGCAGGUCCUGCUGUGUCCUGUGGGCACCUGGAGCAAGGUCCUGAUGGCUAAAACAGAGGCCGGGGCUAGUGCCCGGCUGUGCCGAGGGCUGCGGCGGCCCCAGCCCGUGGCGAGCGAGCGCUGUGGCGGUGCCCGGGUCACUGUUCCCUGCCGAGGGGACCGCUGCAGAUUUCACCAGCCGCUGCCCUUGACCGCAUCUGUCACCCCGUGCCGGCCGCCCUGGACUUUCCCCGCUCUGGCGUCACGAUCCCGGACCCUGGCAGGGCUGUCCCUGUUCCGUGACUCUGCCCUGGUCCUAUUCGCCGUGUCUGUCACCCCUCAGGACUGCGAUGGGCUCAUCGUCCGCUCGGCCACCAAAGUCACGGCCGAGGUGCUGGAGGCGGCAGAGAGGCUGCAGGUGGUGGGCAGAGCUGGCACCGGCGUGGACAAUGUGGACGUGGAGGCAGCCACCAGGAAGGGCGUCCUGGUCAUGAACACACCCACUGGGAACAGCCUCAGCGCCGCCGAGCUCACCUGCGGGAUGAUCCUGUGCCUGGCCAGGCAGAUCCCGCAGGCAGCUGCCUCCAUGAAGGAGGGCAAGUGGGACCGUAAGAAGUACAUGGGCAUGGAGCUGAACGGGAAGACGCUGGCCGUGCUGGGGCUGGGGCGCAUCGGCAGGGAGGUGGCCACUCGCAUGCAGGCCUUUGGCAUGAAGACCAUCGGCUACGAUCCCAUCAUCACCCCCGACGUCUCGGCCACCUUCGGCGUGGAGCAGCUGCCGCUGGAGCAGAUCUGGCCCCGCUGCGACUUCAUCACGGUGCACACGCCGCUGCUGCCCUCCACCACGGGGCUCCUGAACGACAGCACCUUUGCCAAGUGCCGCCGCGGCGUGCAGGUGGUGAACUGUGCCCGUGGUGGCAUCGUGGACGAGGGCGCGCUGCUGCGGGCGCUGCAGUCGGGCCAGUGUGGUGGGGCCGCCCUCGAUGUCUUCACACAGGAGCCCCCCAAGGACCGUGACCUGGUGAACCACCCCAACGUCAUCUCCUGCCCACACCUGGGCGCCAGCACACGGGAGGCGCAGAGCCGCUGCGGCAAGGAAAUCGCCAUGCAGAUCGUGGACAUGGCCACGGGGAAGGGGCUGACAGGAGUAGUUAAUGGGCAGGCUCUCAGCAAGGCUUUUUCACCCCACACCAAGCCCUGGGUCACCCUGGCCAGGGCCCUGGGCACGCUGCUGUGCACGGUGGGCAAGCAAGUGCAGGGCAGCCUGCAGGUCUGCACCCUAGGGACAGCCCUGAAGGAGGCUGGCAGCUACCUGACGCCUGCUGUGGCCGCGGGCAUGCUGGCUGGAGGGACACAGAAGGAGGUGACCCUGGUGAACGCCACGCUGCUGGCCCAGGAGGCUGGGCUGAAGGUCACAAGCACCCACAGUGAUGUGGCCCCCGAGCCCCACAGCAGCACUGGGCUGGUGCAGGUGUCCCUGCAGGGCACCCCACACCAGGUGAUGGGGACAGUGCAGGGCAGCACCCCAGCCCUGCGGCAGAUCAACGGGGCCACCUUCAAGCAGCCAGCCCCGCUGUCCGGCCCUCUCAUCGUCUACAGAGCCAAAGCCUCCGAUAGCAGUGCUCUGGCCACGCUGACUGGGCUGCUGAGCAAGGCAGGGGUCCAGCUGCUGUCCUACCACAGCUCCAGCACGGUGGCAGGGGAGCAGUGGAGCGUCGUGGGGCUCUCAGCCCCCCUGCCCAACCUGGGCGAGCUAAAGCCACGAGUCACGGAAAUCUUCCAGCUCCACCUGCCCUAGACCCCGACUGCCCACAAGGACUCUCCCCACGGCUGCAGCAUCUGGACCCUCCCCCAGCUGGGGAAACAUUGCACGUGGCCGUCCUUGACCCCCACACUGGGUUUGGGGUGGCCUCAUGUUCAAUAAAGGGUCUAGAAGGAGAGAGCAUGUGGUGCCUUGGC